UUUUAGAGGAAUUGUCAACAGUGAUUUUCAGCCUCGGACAAUUCCAUUUUUGCCUAGACGGAGAAACUGCAAGAAGAUGGAUGGUUCCAAGAUAAGCUAUUGUGGCCCCGAUUUCGGUGCUGGGUUGCGCAGGGCUGCAUUGUGCUUGCUUCUUGUGUAUUUCUUGGGCGCCUUUUCUUCGAUUAUCCAGGGUCUAAGAGAAAGAGGGAGAAAAGCAGGCACAGUCAGCUAUCUAGCUGCUCUAUAGUUGACCAUGAAUGCGUUGAUUCUUUCGCUGGCUGCCUCCGCGCAUAUCUUGGGCGCUGUGUCCGCUCGAAAUGUUAGCGCUGAGGCAGCUAAUCUGGAACGUUUCUGGUCCUAUGGUCGAUCUGAACCAGUAUACCCGACUCCUGAAGGAAAUGGCACCGCCGAUUGGGCAGAAGCAUAUUCCCGCGCCAGAGCUCUCGUCUCGCAGAUGACCGACGACGAGAAGAACAAUAUCACGUACGGAUAUACGUCGGCGACUAAUGGCUGUUCUGGAAACUCAGGCGCAGUGCCUCGUCUGGGGUUCCCGGGCCUCUGUUUACAAGACUCUGGAAAUGGCGUCCGGGCAACAGAUAUGGUGAACGGCUAUCCACCAGGUCUCCAUGUAGGUGCUACAUGGAACCGUGACCUAGCUUACGAAAGAGGGCACUACAUGGGCGCCGAGUUCAAACGCAAAGGAGCAAAUGUUGUCCUAGGCCCCGUCGUUGGUCCAUUGGGUAGAAUCGCCAAAGGAGGACGCAACUGGGAGGGUUUCAGCAACGAUCCCUACCUCAGUGGCUCGCUGGUUCGUCCGACCAUCAGGGGACUGCAAGAGUCGGUAAUAGCUUGUGUGAAGCACUUCAUCGGAAACGAACAGGAGACAUAUCGGAACCCGCCGACACUGCUCUCCGAUUCAUAUAACCAGUCUGUAUCGACCAACGUCGACGACAAGACCAUACAUGAACUCUACUUGUGGCCCUUCCAGGAUGCAAUCAAAGCCGGAGCAGGAUCAGUCAUGUGCAGUUACAACCGCAUCAAUAAUAGCUAUGGUUGCCAGAACAGCAAGACGUUGAACGGGUUGCUGAAAGGUGAAUUGGGAUUCCAGGGCUUUGUCGUCAGUGACUGGUCCGCUCAGCAUUCGGGCGUGGCUAGCGCUGAUGCUGGUCUUGAUAUGGCCAUGCCGUCUUCUACGUACUGGGAAAACGGUAAUCUUUCCUUAGCCGUGCAGAACGGAUCUCUUGCGCAAUCUCGACUUGACGAUAUGGCUACCCGAAUCGUGGCGACUUGGUAUAAGUAUGCCGAGUUCGAGGAACCUGGUCAUGGAAUUCCAGUUGAUCUUCUUGCCCCUCAUGCAAUCACAGAUGCCCGUGAUCCGGCAUCCAAAGCUACUAUAUUCCAGGGUGCUGUCGAGGGGCACGUCCUGGUUAAGAAUGUGAAUGGAGCUCUCCCUAUUCGGAAGCCGAAGCUCUUGUCAUUAUUCGGCUACGACGCUGUAGCCGCAUCACGAAAUACAAUGGAUAACGUAACCUUUAGCUUGUGGCAAAUGGGACUAGACAAUUCGUUGGUCUAUCCUAAUGGCUCUGCAGUUGAUGAUGUUACCUUGGAAUACAUAUUCCUGUCGAGCGCCGCCGCAGGUGAAUCUGGUCCUGCCGUGGCCCUGAACGGGACUAUUUUCACAGGCGCGGGUUCGGGGUCUAUUACCCCAUCGUAUAUCGAUGCUCCAUUCGAUGCAUUUCAGCGACAAGCCUACGAGGACGGCACAUACCUUGCAUGGGACUUUAGCUCGCAAAACCCCUCAGUCAACCAGGGAAGCGAGGCCUGUCUGGUGUUCAUCAACGCACAGUCCUCAGAAGGUUGGGAUCGUCCUGAUCUCAGGGAUUCGUACUCAGAUAGACUCGUCGAGAACGUUGCUGCACGAUGCAACAAUACAAUAGUCGUCAUCCACAAUGCGGGAGUUCGACUUGUUGACCGCUGGAUUGACCACCCCAACGUGACAGCCGUUAUAUUCGGGCACCUUCCUGGACAAGACAGCGGUCGUGCCCUGGUUGAAAUUGUUUACGGCAAACAAUCACCAUCCGGCCGUCUGCCCUACACCGUUGCUAGGAACGAGUCAGAUUAUGGCAACCUGCUCAACCCGACCGUUCCUCCUGGAGACGUUGACCUUUUCUACCCUCAGGAUAACUUCACGGAAGGUGUCUAUAUCGACUACAAAGCCUUCAUAGCAGCCAACAUUACCCCUCGAUUCGAGUUCGGAUACGGCCUCACCUACACGACGUUCAACUACUCGAAUCUCCAGAUAGCAAUUGAUCCCAGCGCGCAGACUAGCGCCUUCCCUCCGACUUCCGGAGUUCUAGAGGGCGGUUUAUCAUCUCUCUGGGACGUCCUCACCACCGUCAAAUGCACCGUCACGAAUACCGGCUCUGUCGCUGCAGCAGAAGUGGCUCAGUUAUAUAUCGGCAUCCCCGGUGGUCCCGCACGAGUCCUGCGUGGAUUUAACAAGCAGACCGUCACGCCCGGCUGUAGCGCAGAAUUCUCAUUCGAUCUCAUGAGAAGGGAUCUCAGCAACUGGGAUGUGAACAGUCAGAGUUGGAUCCUGCAGCAAGGAAAUUAUACAAUUUAUGUAGGUAAGAGUGUGUUGGAUGUGCAGUUGGUAGGCCAGUUGGUUAUCUAGUAAGAGAAGAGAAGAAGGAGAAAAGAGGCAUUAUUAUAUUCACCGAGGGGCAUGGUGUGCAUUAUAUCAUA